CUGUCAAGAGGUUUUGUGCAUGUUUCGGCCAGCAAAGGGCUCCGCUCGCUUUUUUUUUCUAGUGGUUGCUUCACGCGCUCACGGUAGUAGUUAUCGCGCUAGGCUAGCCUGCAGACUGACAAAUUCAGUUGAGACGGGGCUGAGCGUCAGAUGUAGAAGCCAAGGGAAAGAGAGGAGGCUAGAGACGGAGACCAGUUGAAAACCGUACUUGUCAAGUUCUUGGACCGACGGUGUAAGGCGCCGCACAUGAGCUCUACAAUGAUUCAGAGGAGUGGGGAAAGUGGCCUGUAUUGAGGCUACAAAGAAAGCAUGGAACAGGGGGAGACGAAAAAUAAUCCUGAAUCAUCACCAGACACAGACUCUGUGGCGCAUGUAGAGGAUAGUGCUUUGGCGCCCUCAUGUGGCGACCAAGUGGACAGCACAGGUGAUGCGAAUUUGGAGUCCAUGUCGUCAUGCCAGGACAUCAACAUGAUGGAUCAGAAGCUCAGACCCAUUGAACAGCAAUUCCAGUACCUGCUGACUAAAGCAGAUGAGUUUCAAACAAACCUUUUAUACAGGAGUGACAUUCUGCAGAAGGAAAGCUUUGCUUGCGUGGUUCCUACUUUCCUGCGGACCUGUCAGCCCUACUUCACUUACCUGGAGUCGACCGCUCGCAGCACCCUGCCCCAGCGCAGGCCUCUACCCAUGUACAUCCGCUCACGAUUGUUAGACUUCUCCCAGAAGCUGUGUGCGAGGCUGGAGCAGCUGGUCUUGACCUGUGCCUCCUUUGACUUUCUCUCUCUGGAGGAGGCUGAGCCGGCCAGUGUCUCCCAUUUCUACAUUGGCAAGUGUCAGAUAGACCGUGUGGGACUGUCCAUAUACAGGUACUGUCGUCUAGCCCCGUACCUGGCUGGGGUCCACACUGGCCUGUACAAACGCAUGCGCUGGAAUGUGGAGAGACCCAGCGAGAGCCUACAGGAGGAAACGGGUGGCGAGAAGGAAGGACAUCCAGAGGAGGACAGGCCAGUAGCAGGGAAAGAGCGAGCCACAGAGACAGAGUACAGCUACUUCCUGUGCUACGAGGAAGUCCCUGAGGAGCCAGCUGAGGGGGGCGAUGGAGAGGGUAAAGGGGAGACGGUUGCUAUAGGCAAUGUGGUUAAGAUGUGGUCAAUCGGUCAGUGGGUCCAAACGCAGCCUGAACCCAUAAAAGAUGACAUCUACGAAUGGGUGUUGUGCUGGGUUCCACAGGCUGGGUACCACAGGAUAUUGUGUCUGGGAGCGGAGGAGCCCUCUGCCUGCACCGCUACUGACUGCCUUGUGGGGGUGUUGUUUUCUCAACAGAGCCCAGUGGCAGGCCCCAGUCAUGAAACAACAUAACAGACAAGCCACUGUUCUAGUACUGCCUUUGGUCAUAUCAUGUUCUCGUUGAUUAAAGGAUUUAACAUGACUUAUUGUUAGUUUUACAUUGUGUUAUGUUCGGCUAAUGUUUUCAAAUCUAAGUAACUGUUGGGAAGGACUUUAAGGGCUGAACUCUCGUUCCUACUAGCCAAUGUUUUCCUUAUGGUUCCUUAGGUAUUGUAUAAAAACAAAUAUAAUUUAUAAAGACAGCAAGUUUUAUUACCAAUUCCCUACCAGCUAGUGAUACAUUUGAACUGUAUCUGAUGUCUGUUCAUAUUCAAGGUUUUAUUGAGCGCUAAUGUAUUACUGUAUUGUGUGGUUGUUGGAAAUAAUUUUUUAUGAUGUUAAGAAUAAAAGUAUUGACCUGUCA